AUGGCUCCUCUAGCCAAACUUGUUCUGGCUUGCCUGAUGAUAUUCCUAUCCUUGACCUUAACCCGAAACUCUGAGGCUUCUAGUGGUGGCAUAGCCACCUACUGGGGUCAAUACACCGAAGAAGCUGAAGGAAGUCUAGCCGAAAUCUGUAAAACCAAGAACUAUUCUUACAUUAACAUAGCCUUUCUUAACCAAUUCGGCUCUGGCCAACCCCUGGGACUCAACAUUUCUGGUCACUGCAACGUCUGCGACGGCAACAGCUUGUCCAGUUGCGUCCGUUUUGGGAAAGACAUAGAGAUAUGUCAGAGCAUGGGUGUUAAGAUCCUCCUCUCUCUUGGAGGACCUUACGAAACCUAUUCUCUGUCAUCUGAAUCGGAUGCCGAAGAUGUUGCAAAUCAAUUAUGGGAAACCUAUCUGAAAGACAAUGUAUACGACGGCAUAGAUUUCCACAUUGAGAAUGGUGCCCCACUAUAUUAUGACUACCUUGCACGUUCCUUGAAGAAAUAUGGCAAUGAUAACAACAAAACGGUCUAUCUAUCCGCGGCCCCUCGUUGUCUCUAUCCAGAUUUGUAUCUUGGAAGAGCCAUUUACACGGGUCUUUUUGACUUCGUUUGGGUCCAGUUCUUUAACACUAGCAGUGCAUGCCAGUAUGAUAGUACCACCGGUGAUGAUGUUCUUAUGAUUUCUUGGAAUGCAUGGACUACGCUGAUUGAGGCUCCUGGGAAGCUGUUUCUGGGUGUACCCGCGUCCAGCGAUGUUUCCGGGUACAUCCCACCUGAUGCGAUGAAUCAUAAAAUCCUUCCAGAGAUAAAUGAGACCUCAAAGUAUGGAGGUGUGAUGGUAUGGAACAGUUAUUAUGAUCUCAUCAGUGAUUUCAGUUCAUCCAUCAUCGAAUAUGUCUAA